UCUUACACAAACAAACACUGAUUUGCAUCUCUACUAAUACAUAGAAAGAGUUUUAAGUAAAGGAAAACAAUGGAGGCCUUCAAAAGCAUUGCAAACCCUUUGUGUUCUUUCCUUGUUAUAUGCAUUUUGCUUCUCUUUGCAAAUGCAGCAUCAGGGAAAACUCAUUACCAUGAUUUUGUUGUUCAAGCAACACCAGUGAAGAGGCUGUGCAAAACCCACAACACCAUAACGGUGAAUGGACAAUUCCCUGGACCAACAUUGGAAGUAAACAACGGAGAUACUCUGGUGGUUAACGUUGUCAAUAGAGCUCGAUACAAUCUCACCAUUCACUGGCAUGGCGUUAGGCAAAUGAGAACAGGAUGGGCAGAUGGACCAGAAUUUGUCACUCAGUGCCCAAUUAGACCAGGAAAGAGUUACACUUACAGGUUUACCAUUCAAGGACAGGAAGGGACUCUUUGGUGGCACGCCCACAGCUCGUGGCUAAGGGCUACAGUUUAUGGAGCUAUAAUUAUCCACCCAAAAGAAGGUGAAAAGUAUCCAUUUCCUAAGCCCAAAAGAGAAACACCAAUUCUGCUAGGUGAGUGGUGGGAUACAAACCCUAUGGACGUUGUAAGAAGAGCUACAAGAACAGGAGCAGCUCCUAAUGUAUCUGAUGCGUACACCAUCAAUGGUCAACCAGGUGACCUCUACAAGUGUUCCAAACAAGAUACCACCAUAGUCCAUACGGACUCUGGCGAAACCAACCUCCUUCGAGUUAUCAACGCUGGACUGAACCAGCAGCUUUUCUUUACUGUGGCCAACCACAAGCUUACUGUUGUUGGAGCGGAUGCCUCUUAUGUUAAACCAUUCACAACAUCAGUCCUUAUGCUCGGACCAGGCCAGACAACUGAUGUACUGAUCAAAGCUGAUCAGCCAGCAGCCAGAUACUACAUGGCAGCACGUGCCUAUGCUAGUGCUCAAGGCGCCCCCUUUGACAAUACCACAACAACAGCCAUCCUUGAGUACAAGUCAGCUUCUUGUUCUUCCAAUUGUGCCAAGACUAAUCCAGUUUUGCCAUCUUUACCAGCAUAUAAUGACACAGCCACUGCUACAGCCUUCACAACCAAAUUCAGAAGCCCAAGAAAGGUCGAGGUGCCCACUGAAAUCGAUGAAAAUCUAUUCUUCACAGUCGGGCUGGGACUCCUGAACUGCCCAAGAGGUUCACGCUCCAGAAACUGUCAAGGUCCAAAUGGAACUCGAUUCACUGCCAGUAUGAACAAUGUAUCUUUUGUGCUACCAUCCAACUUUUCCCUUCUGCAAGCACAUCACCAAGGCAUACCUGGUGUUUUCUCAGCUGAUUUCCCAGCUGUACCACCUGUAAAAUUUGAUUAUACUGGCAACGUAAGCCGGCCACUAUGGCAACCUAUUCGAGCAACUAAGCUGUACAAGCUGAAAUACGGGGCAAAAGUGCAAGUUGUGUUACAAGGGACGAGUAUCUUCACGGGUGAAAACCACCCAAUUCAUCUUCACGGAUAUGAUUUUUACAUCAUUGCAGAGGGUUUCGGUAACUUUAAUCCAAAAAGAGAUACAGCUAAAUUCAACCUUGUUGAUCCACCUCUCAGAAAUACAGCCAGUGUACCCGUUAAUGGAUGGACAGUCAUCAGAUUUGUCGCUGAUAAUCCAGGAGUAUGGAUAAUGCACUGUCACUUGGAUGUUCACAUCACGUGGGGUUUGGCGAUGGCGUUCAUCGUGGAAAACGGAGUUAGUGAAUUGGAAUCAUUGGAGGCUCCUCCAGUAGAUUUUCCUGUCUGUUGAGGAUUGCAGCAAGCAACAUAAUACUAAAUUCAGAGGCCUAGAGAAAUCAAUUUUAAUUGUUUUAGUCAUUUUAAGUGAUAUUGUUCCCCCCAUUUGGGGCUAGUUCUUUUUCCUCUACUACAUUUUCCUAGAAUUUUUGGUCAAGAUGGUGCCAAGAAUUCACCAUCUGUUGUAGAAUUAAGCGAGCAUAUUUCCAUAUUAAAGCAGUUAGUUGUAUUGUUUCGUGUGAAAUUACAGAGAAGAAUUUAUUUGAGUAUUAAACUAAAUGUUGUUACCACUUCACAAAAACAGUACUAUAAUUACGA